AUGGCUUGGGGCAAAACAACCGAAGAUGUGGAAAGGCGAAUAAACGAGGCGUUAGAAGUGGUAGCAGAACAGAUCAGCAUACUCGGACUGUCAUUAGCGACGGAGAAGUCCGAAGCUGUAUUCUUCAAAAGGCAAUACAAAAAAAGGAAACCCACCAUCAGACUGAACGGCGCGGAUGUACCAAUAACGAAGACAAUGAGGUAUCUUGGACUGACAAUAGACGAGAAGCUGAAGUUUAGAGAACAUAUAAAGGAAGCAGCUAAAAAGGGACAGCGGGUGCUGACGUCACUCAAGAGCCUAUAG